UUUAAUGAAUACACAUCUUUUCAUACAAAGUUUUAUCUUCAACUUACUUCUAAUCAAAGAUGAGGAUUUCCUACACCUCAAACCGAUUUCGCUUCUUUAUCGUCUUCACUGCAUGCUUAUGUAUAUACUUUGCUAUUCAAAAGAAUAAAACUCAUGAAAAUAAAGAUAUAGUAAGUACAUCUUCAAGGUUGGAGAUCCCAACCAGUAAGUACACCUCCUUUUUGGGUCCUAAACUUGAUAAACUUCCUAAUAAAGAUGGUGCUAAAAAAUUAUUUGAACAAUGGAAGAAAGACCAUGGACGAGUCUACAAUGAUCAACAAGAGAAGGAAAAGAAAUUUAAAAUUUUUGUUUCAAAUUUGAAGUAUAUAGUAGAGACCAAUGCAAAGAGAGACUCACCUCAUAGCGCUCUUCUUGGUUUGACAAACUUUGCUGAUUUGAGCUUCACGGAGUUCAAAGAACGAUACAUGACCAUGAAGACUGACACACUGGAUAUUGCUAACGAUGAUGAUGUUGUUCAUGACGUAGCAUGUAGUGAUCCACCUUCAACCUUGGACUGGAGGUCGAGGGGAGCUGUCACUCCUGUUAAGCAUCAAGGCGAUUGUGGUUGUUGCUGGGCAUUCUCAACUAUAGGCGCCAUUGAAGGAAUAGUUGCAAUAAAGACAGGGAAGCUUAUCCCCCUUUCAGAGCAAGAGCUUCUAGAUUGUGAACCAGAUGGAGAUUGUGAUGGAGGACUUGUGAGAACAGCAUUUAACUGGGUAAUAGGAAACAGAGGGAUUGCAACACAAGAUGAUUAUCGUUAUAGGGCUAGCAAGGGUGUUUGCAGAGCCUCCCAGAUUCCAAACAGUGCAACUAGUGGUAUUAAUUCAAAUCAGCUGGUGGAGAGAUCAGAUAGGGGACUAUUGUGUGCAGUUGCUAAGCAGCCUCUUAGUGUUAGUAUUUAUGCAGACUCACCCAGUUUUCAACUUUAUACACAUGGAAUAUUUAGAGGUGAUGAUUGCCCGUUGGAUAUAUUGAAUGUAACUCACGGCAUGGUACUAGUGGGUUAUAAUUCUGUAGACAAUGAAGAUUAUUGGAUUGUGAAGAACUCACAUGGGACAACAUGGGGAAUGGAGGGUUAUAUGUGGAUCAAAAGGAACACUAAUAAAAAGUAUGGAGUGUGUGCAAUCAAUGGACAUGCUUUUAGUCCAAUCAAACAAUAAAAGACUAAAUUUGAAGAAUAAGUUAAAGCAAGGGUUAUGGUUUUGUGAGUCUAGAGUUUGUUAUGUGGUUAUUCUCGAUGUUGUUUUGAACAUGUCAAUUCUCUUGUUUAUGCUUGUUAUUCUUGAUGUAAUAUAUUCCACGAAGGCCAAAGGCUCAAUAACACAAGGCUCACUUA